AAAGGGUCUAGCAGAGUAGAAAACGUGAUACCUUUGCUGAUCCAGACGACAGCCUCCAGUUUGAUGAACCCAGUACACUGAAGACACACAGCUCUACAGUCCUCCUCCUCUGCUGCCAUGGCCAAGCGAAAGUCUAAGAAGCCACAGGAAGGAGACUCCUCCGUUGUGUUGGAGUCUUCAGUACCAAAGCCUAAGGAAAGCAUGGACACCUCCAGGGAAAGCAUAAACUCAUCCAAUGGAAGCCUUAACCCAUCCAGUGGAAGCGUUAACGUAUCCAAGGGAAGCGUAAACCCAUUCUAUGGAAACGUAAACUCCUAUAGUUCUCCAGCUUUGUUGUUCAUCAUUGUCUUCGCAGCAGGUGCCUCUACUAUGGUUUGGUUUUGUGUAGAAAAUCAGCAAAGUUUCGAGCAACUGUCGGAAACUUUUACAACAAUGCAAAAGAAAAUCACCAACCUGCAACAGGUGAUGGAGAUGGCGGAAUCAUCACAGACAUAUACAGGUUUUGAAGUGGAGGAGAGGAUCUUUGCCCUGGAGGCGGCCCAGAAACAUGCUCAGGAUGAGGCUGAGGUUACCCUGGCCAUGUCUGAGAAGUUGAGGUACUCGGAGCUUGGGUCACUAAAUGCUGAGCUGGACACCAGAAUGGCAGAGUUAAAGCAGGUUGUCCUGUCCGUCACAACUCUCCAGGCCAUGUUCAAAAACCAGAGUGAGGAAUUUGAGGCCAUGAAGGAGAGCGUAGCAGCCAGUUUGAGCUCCAGUUCAGCACUGGCUAAAAAUGUAGCUGAGCUGACCAAUGCUGUGGCCAGUGCAUCCUCCAAAGUUAACGAGCAGGAUGCAUCAUUGGCCUUUCUUAAUACACAGCUAGAGGGACAAGCCUCAGAUUUGAAUGAGAUGAAAGAGUUGAUGCACAUCCAUGAUGCUGCACUUCAUACAAGCAACCAGCAAGUGGCUGCAGUAAGGGAGAGUGUCAAGACGAAGCAGAUCAUACAUGCCUUGGCGUUAGAGGAGAUGCUCACUUCUGUGCAGGUUAUUUUGGAUGAGCAGUUUGUCACUACAAAGACCCUCCGCACCAGCAUCAUGGCUCAAAUGCAGACUUUUAACGCCCAGUUGGGGAAUGAUCCUCCUUGGUCAGUGAAUUUUGAUGAGGGACUUGAAGUAGAAGAGUUACUCUCCACCACAGCAGAGGAUGCCACUGAGGUGCAGGAGAAGUUAGAAGACGUUGACGGAAAGGAGGCGCCGGGAAUGCUGAAAGAACAGCCACCGGAACAGGAAGUGAAUGGUGACAUUACAGAGGAGCAGGAGGAAGAAGAAAUAAUUCCAGAAGCUGAAUUCACAGAACAAGAGCUUUUGGAAGUGGUUGCUUUAGAAGAGGAUGUUUUCAGAAACAUUUUCAAUGAAGAAGAAGAAGAAGAAGAGUCAGCUGAAUUAAAUCAGGUGUCCUCCAUGGAUGUGAAUGAGGAAGAUGGGUAGUUGUACUUGAAAUGCUUCGGUAAAUUAUUAGUUCACAAAACUGAAUCUUAUUGAGAUGAAUUGAAACCAUUUUUUUUACACCGCUCACUUUCUUGCAAAUUAUUUGUAGUAUUGGUUAUAUUCUGCUUGGGUGGGGUUUUCUGAGCAUUACUAAAAAACUAGCAAUUGUGUAGAACUUUGAUAAAUAUAUAGUCUUACUUCAGUCAUUGUUGAGGUUUCCUCUUGUCAACAUACAUGUUGUUAGAAAUCACCUACAUUUUAUACAUUUAUGUCUCGCCAACAACUAUUGAUUUGUAUGUAUGUAUAAAUAAAAGUGGCCACACAAUGUCAGUUAAAGCAACAGGUUUCUAUAGAGGGAGGUCUUGAUGGAAAUUAAAUUAUCUAUGUAAAGUAAUUUUAUCAAUCUGUUUCUGAAUGGGCAUUUUGCAAAAUGAGUGGAAAAUCUAUAAACUGUAUUUCAACUGUUUACAAAUGACAAGCUUAAGCUUUGAAAUGUCAAUUGUUUUUGCAAUAUGUAAGAGAAAACAAAUGUGACUAUACUUGCAGCUUGUAAUUUAACACAAGGGCACACGUGUGGUGCCUCUCUCCAUGAAGUUAUUUAUGGUUCAAGUGCACAUGCUGUACAUGUGGGUACAUAGUGUUCUCUUGUCAUUAAGCUCUUUUGUAUAAAGGUUAAAGUACUAUUUUCUUCCAGCAGAUGGUGCCUGAUGACUCCUAAUGAUGAGGAAUAAUCAACAACUCUGAAAGAGGAACCAAAAAAUGUUUUUCUAAAAGAGGGGAUAUCUAAGUGGUCUUUUGAAAGGAAAGUUCUGCUUGCAGCAAAAGAUGGCUUGCUGAAUAAGCCUUCUCAUGUUCUGUAGGCUAUCUACUGUAUGGGUGACACCCUUUCUAAACUUAAACUGACAAACAGCAACCACAUGAUGUUCAAGUGAAAUUACUCUUAGGUUACCAUGAGGUUACUGUGGAAAGAUCUGAAUAAAUACUCAAGUUUGGAAAGGGAGCAGAUAAAGUGUUAUUUUUGAAUUUAUUUUAAUCGGUUGUAAAAAAUACAAGCACAUGCACUCAUUUGUCAGGACAAAACAAUGAAUAGGAGCUUGAUGGCCACAUACAGCUCUGGAAAAAAUGGAGACCCCUGCAGCAUUAUCAGUUUCUCUGGCUUUACUAUAAAUAGGUAUGUUUUUGAAUAAAAUUAUUUAUUUAUUUUCCUCUAAAAACUAAUGACAAUAUUUCUCUGUGUUUGAAUUCAACAGACACUGGAAUGGAGUGGCUGCCACACAGUAUCUAGAGAUUGAGAUUUAUAAAACAUUUGGAGUGGUCUGUUAGUUUUUUCCAGAGCUGUAUGUUCAAAGUAGACAUACUUAUCUGAUGUCUAAAGGCAAGACCUAAUGGGUGUUUUAAAUGUUGAAUACAGAUUUUUAAAAUAUUUUUAAAACAACUUUAAACUGAAGCUACAUGUUGUACUAAAACAAAACUAAUGCAGAAUUAUGUUUGUCAAGAGAAGGGAAAUACAAAUCUUCAUAUCCAAAAUUGUCCUGUGGAACUUUACAUUGCUAAAGGAGAAACGCAUUAACUCAUCAGUGUCACUGUAAGAAUAUAAAUCUGUGAAAUAAUUGGUCUUAUUUUUGUCUGUAAUGAGAUUACAGCAGGUGCAGACCGAGACAGCCAACUCUGACUCAGCCCUGAUUAAAUUAUAAGCCAACAGACACAACAUGAUGCACAUGUUGUGUAUCUACCUGAAACCACUAACACAUUUUAAAUUCAAAAUCCUUACCAUAUAUUUUGUUAUCAACUUUUCACUGAAUAUGCUAUGAAAUAUAUUUGUCCCUUAGAUUAUCUUUCAGGAGAUGAAUUGCAAACAAAUGAGUUUACGGAAUGAUUGAAACUGAGCAUACUCAUAAAGGUAUGUAAACUCAUCUUCACUUUCUACACAUGCAGCUUCCAGCUUGAUUAAAUUAAAACAAGAAGUCUGACUCA